UUUCUUGCAAUUCAUGGCUUGUCAUUUCAUUUUCUUCAUAGCAUCUUCCAAAGAGCAGGAGCCCUUAGUGUUGCUGUUUUUCCAGCACUGAGGAUUGAAUCAGGGGGUGCUCGACCACUGAGCUUCUUCCCCAGCAUUCGUUGUUGUUCACUCUGAAUGGAGCCUCAUGUCCUCGGGCAUGCCAGAGCAGCGGGCUCAGUUGCCACAAACCUUCAGGGUCCUCAAAGGAAAGCCAACAGAGCAUCCUCUAGCUCUGCGGGGUGUCAUCAAGUAUUAUAACGCCAGCACCUUGAAACAGAAAAAUCUCAGAUUGGCUCCUCCUGAGAAGGAUUGCUUCCCUUCUGGAACACCAGCACUGAACACCAAGGGGCCGGAAACAUCAGCUAUAGUAAUGGAGGAAGAUGAUGGUGAUGGAGGGGUGCAGCCUUUCACAGCCCCACGACCUGAUCAUACAAGACCAUCUAUAUCUGAUGCUCUUCCUGCACCUCUUGGUGACGCGACUGUCAGCAGUGGUGCCAAGUCUUCAAAAAAACAGAAAAAGAACACAAAUUGGACCGAUGAGGAGAUUGUGGCGAAAAUAAGAACUAUGGUGAGCAUCGGUGACCCUAAAACAAAAUAUACAAGAUAUGAAAAAAUUGGACAAGGGUUUUCUGGUGCGGUUUUUAUUGCUAUUGAUGUGGCUCUGGGGAAAAAGGUUAUGAUUAAACAGAUUGACUUAAAGAAACACUCACAGAAGGAACUGAUCCUUAAUGAACUUUUGGUGAUGAAAGAACUAAAGAACCCCAACAUAAUUCACUUCUUGGACAGUUACCUGGUCGGAGAUGACUUGUUUGUAGUGACUGAGUACCUUGACGGCGGGCCACUCACUGAUGUUGUAACCGAAACCUGCAUGGAUGAGGCGCGGAUUGCUGCUGUGUGCAGAGAGUGCUUACAGGCAUUGGAGUUUUUACAUGCCAAUGAUGUGAUUCACCGCGACAUAAAAAGUGACAACAUACUUUUGGGGAUGGAAGGAUCCGUCAAACUUAACAACUUUGGGUUUUGUGCUCAUCUCACCCCUGAGCAGAAUACAUGCACUGGCAUGCUUGGAACACCCUACUGGAUGGCACCAGAAAUGGUGCUGGGGAAAGCUUAUGGCCCUAAAAUUGACAUCUGGUCACUAGGGAUCAUGGCCAUUGAGAUGCUGGAAGGAGAGCCUCCAUACAUGAAAGAAGAUCCCACACAGGCCUUACACCUCAUUGCCACCAAUGGAGCACCUGGACUUGCGAACCUGCAAAAAGUUUCCCUGGCAUUCCUGGACUUCUUGAAUAAAUGUCUUGAAGUGGAGGUGGACAAGAGAGGUUCAGCCAAGGAAUUACUAGAGCACCCAUUCCUGAAUAUGGCGAAACCACUCACAAGUUUAACGCCACACAUCUUGGCGGCCAAGGAGGUUCUCCAGAAAAACUACGGAAAUGUCAUCCUACUCUUUUGAUUUUCUGGAAAAGAAAAUGUUAAAAAUUUA